ACGCUCGAAUCAACAAACUCGAUAAAAAGUCACCCAACUCAAAGAAAGAAACGUCGGGGGAACGCGAAGUCUGAGGAAAAUCCGAGUCUCGCGCUUGAUUUCGAGGGAAAUUCGCCCCGUGAAUUCUCUCACGAAGAAAAAGAAGGAGAAAGACGAGAAAGAAGGGGAAGAGGAAAAAUUACCGGGACUCCAAAAAAAAAAAUGUCACAAGCUCAGAGUGAUCUAACCUAUCGCGAGCGCGUCCCCUAACCUCUUCGCCGCACGGCGGCACAUCCGCUCGCGGGAGGGAACUCGGCGCGAUUAUGUCCGCGUAACGUGAACGACGGGCCGGUCUGCGUACGACGUUGCACGUCGAUCGGUGGACGCGCGGAUCGGCGGGGCGGGCAGGCGCGGCACGAGGCACGACGCGAGUCGGCGACGGUGAUCGCGCGUAAAAUGAAAUGGGGCAUUGGGUGAAAGUACUCGCGGCUGCGGCGGCGGAGGCAGCGGUGACGGCGGCGGCAGCGGCAGCGACAGCGGCAGCGAGCGAGUCUACCUCUUAUAUCAGAUCAGUACGAAUGCGCAACCUGUGGCCCCUUUGUCUCCUCCUGUCGCUGGCCUCCCUCGUUCCGGCGCUGGAAAACGGCUUGGCCAGGACACCCCCGAUGGGAUGGCUAGCUUGGGAAAGAUUCAGAUGUAACACCGACUGCAAGAAUGAUCCGGAUAACUGUAUAAGUGAUCGGCUCUUCCGGACCAUGACAGAUAUAGUGGUGGCCGAGGGAUACGCCGCAGUGGGCUAUGAGUACAUUAACGUGGAUGAUUGUUGGCUAGAGAAAGAAAGGAAUUUAAAUGGACAGCUUGUACCAGACAGGGAGAGAUUCCCAUAUGGCAUGAAAAGCCUGGCAGAUUAUGUGCACUCAAAGGGCCUCAAGUUUGGUAUCUACGAGGAUUAUGGUAAUUACACUUGUGCCGGCUAUCCUGGUAUAUUGGGCUAUCUAGACAUAGAUGCUGCUACAUUUGCUUCCUGGGAUGUGGACUAUGUGAAAUUAGAUGGAUGUUACUCACAUCCUGUUGACAUGGACAGAGGCUAUCCCGAGUUUGGAUAUCAUCUGAAUCAGACUGGAAAGCACAUGAUAUAUUCUUGUAGUUGGCCCGUUUACCAAAUCUAUGCUGGAAUGAAACCAAAUUACACUGCGAUUGCAGAAAACUGCAACCUCUGGCGCAACUUUGAUGAUAUUCAAGAUUCCUGGGCCAGCGUAGAGAGCAUUAUCGAUUAUUACGGUAAUAAUCAAGACGCGAUUGUGCCCAACGCCGGUCCUGGACACUGGAACGAUCCAGACAUGUUAAUUAUUGGCAACUUCGGUCUGAGCUACGAACAGAGCAAAACGCAAAUGGCGAUCUGGGCUAUACUAGCGGCGCCGUUGCUCAUGUCUGUCGAUCUCAGGACGAUUAGGCCAGAGUACAAAGCCAUUCUACAGAACAAAAAGAUUAUCGCCGUAGACCAAGAUCCGCUGGGUAUUCAAGGUCGACGGAUAUACAAACACAAGGGCAUUGAAAUUUGGGCAAGGCCCAUCACGCCAGUUUAUCAAAACUACUACUCGUACGCGAUCGCGUUCGUCAACAGGCGAACGGACGGCACGCCGUCAGACGUGUCGGUCACGCUGAAGGAGCUGGGUCUACAAUAUCUAGGAGGAUAUCGAGUGGAGGAUCUGUACGAAGACGUGGAUUACGGAGUACUCACGCCACAGACCAAGAUCAAGGUCAAGGUGAACCCGUCGGGCGUAGUGAUAUUGCGAUGCAAUUUGAAUAUAGACGACGUGUUUCGUUACUCGCCGUAUUCAUCCUUGAAUCAGGUCUUUAAAGUUAGGCAAAAUUCAUUUAAAUGAUCGUACGUCUAAUGUAUUUCUUUAAUUUCUAUUGGCGUUUUUAUUAUGCGCGCACGUGCACGCGCGUUACGUUCUAUUAACAUAAUAUAAUAUAAGGAAGAAUAGGAAAUAAAGAAUUUUGUAAACUUUAUUCGCCCACGUUAUUCGAAACGAUAUUCCGUAUUCGUUAUUUAUUCGCUUCGCGUUCAUGUCACAUCUGUAUCGUAUCUGUAUCGUUUUACAUUCAUCCUUGGCUUUAAUCAAUGUGCGCACCGGCGCGCAUUUCUCGUACAUAUAGAAUGUCUGCUAUAGACGCGUUUGACGACCAAGGUGAUACUCUCUGUCGGAUACUCGCUAAAGCUUGAUCCGUCAAAGUGUCCUUUCAGACGCCUGAUAACUUG